AUGUCAAACCAGGCCGUGGGAAGCCUCUACCAGACGAUUAUCGAGGAGGUGAUCAACAGCUCGCGAGUCGACUUCGAAGAGAGCGGCGUUGAAGAGGCCGUGCUGGAGGAGCUGCGAUUGGGAUGGCAGCAGAAGCUCUCUCAGCUCGACACGCAAGGUCAAUUCUCCACGCCAUUGUCGUUGCCGACAGCGAGCCCUCCGAGCGGCCCGUCUCAAAAUGGCAUCAAGCAGGAGCCUUAUGUGAAGACAGAGCCCGGCAUCAAGCAGGAGCCCGGCACUCAGCAGCCGGGCAUGCCCUACCCCAACUAUAACAACAUGGAGAACAAGAACAGCGUUGCCGCCAACAGGGCUGCCCAGCAGCUUCAAGCUCAGUACGGGGUGCGAGCGGCUGGCUCCAUCAAUGCGAUACAGGACCGCAUGGGGCAGCAGCCUCAGAUGCAGUCACAGCAGCAGGGCCAGGCUUCGACACCUGUGUUACCGCAGCAGCAGCAGCAGCCUCACCCAUCGGAGCAACAGCAGCAGAACCUGGGCAACGCUCAGGUUGAUGGCGCCGGAGAUGCCAUGGUGGACGAGUCGGACGAGGAUGAUGAACAAGAAAGCUUCGAAGGCGUCCUUCUACGGCAUGGCGUCAACGGCAAGCCCGAAGAGCUCGGCAGAGUUGACAUCGACCGCAUCCUCCACGAGCAGAUGGCUGCCAAAGCCAAAAGCAUGGAGGGAGGUGGCUUGAUGCUGUCUCUGAAAGAGGCCACAAAAAACCAGUCCGCCCAGAAACUGAGAAGCAAAGGAAAGGCUCGCCGCGGCGUGGGUGCCUAUGACGGCGGAGACGACGACGACGAGAUUGAUGAGGACGCCAUCAACUCCGAUCUAGAUGAUCCCGAUGAGGAUCGUGAUGACGAUGAGGUUGAUGACGAAGGCCUCGGUCACAUCAUGCUCUGCAUGUACGACAAGGUCCAGCGCGUCAAGAACAAGUGGAAGUGCACUCUCAAGGACGGCGUCCUCACCGUGAACGGCAAAGAGUACGUUUUCAACAAAGCAACCGGUGAAUACGAAUGGUAG